AAGACCACAUGCAGUCAAUGGGGCAAGUUUGUCUAGUGUAACCUUCAUCUAAGUUUGGGGCACGAGAAGAAGAAAGGGCAACAUAGGCCUGUAUUUGCUUCUGCGUGCACCAGGCAGGCAGCCGAUACCGACACAUAGUUUAUUUCGCAUGGGGGGGCCUGCCGCGGGGCAUUCAAGAUGGCGUUGUCUUGUUGUCGUGCCGCGUUUUCUUUGGGACAGGGAGGGAUCAAAGUCCUACACCACCACGCAAGAAGCACUUCAUUAAUAUCACCACGGAAAAACUUCCAUAAUUCAAUUCGUAGUUUGAGUUCAUACAACACAGUACAGAAGAAGCAUGGAGUAACUGUGCGCCAUGCGAUAAACCACGACACACCUGUUGUUAUCAUCUUGGGUUGGAACAGCUCAAAAGACAACCAUCUAAGAAAAUACAGUGAACUGUUCGAGAAAAGACAUUUUAGCACUGUCAGAGUAACUGCCAAUCCAUUCAACACGUUUUUCCGAAGUGGUUCAAAAGUAAAAUUUAUCAGUCAUUAUAUUCUGAAGACCCUUAGCGAGUAUAACCUAACAGAAAAACCUGUUUUUCUCUAUUCCUUUAGUAAUGGAGGCUGUGCUAUGUAUUUCCACAUUAUGGAAGCACUGACAAAAUCAGAUUCAGAAUUUUUUAAUACCAUCAAUAUCAGAGGAAGUAUUUUUGACAGUUGCCCAAUCAACCCAAAUAUAGAGAGCGUCAAAUUAGUCCAGUCAAGUGUAACUGAUAAUGUGAAAAAUCCAAUUGCUAAAGCAGCUAUUUGGUAUAGCUUAGGGAUUUUUACCCCUUUAGUUGUUUAUCUGAAUCCAACAGUCAAGAAGUUUAUGUCAGAACUAGAACAAGCUCCACUACAUUCUCCUCAACUAGUACUGUACUCUAAGUCUGAUAGACUUGCCCCGUACAAGGAUAUAGACAAGUAUGUCUUGGUGAGGAGAGCACUGGGCGUGUCAGUGACGGCAAAGUGUUGGGAGAAGUCUGGCCAUGUCAACCAUAUGAGAGAACAUCCUGAAGAGUACAUUAAGUAUUUAAAUGAGUUUCUUGACCAUUGCUUGAGAUAAACAAUUAGUUAAAAGAAUGUAAGUGCCAUGAACCACCAUUAAAGGUAAUAAAAUUAUAUGUUUGAACUUUGUUA